CUAAAGGUCUCUCAAACAACCUCUACGCUCACAGUCAACCUCGUCUGCCAUGGCUUCCCUCACAAGCGGGGCAUAUCCCCCCACCCUCAAGGCCGAAGAAAAGGAAGCCCUCGUCGAGACCGUCAAGGACUGGUCGAUAGGCAAUGGCCUCGCAGUCAGGCCUCCGCCUACAGUCAUAGCCGCCGAGGCAGAUCCCAAGGGCAUCGCCGCCGUCAAUGUCCCCGUCACCCUCUUUCCCAGCCCGUUUCCGAAGCAGUGUUUCGCCCAGGGCAAGGCAGUGCAAAAGACUUACAAUGAGCUGUAUGCUUCUGUGAGCAGGGAUGAGGAGUUUCUGGCCCAGGUCGUCAAAGAGGUUGCAGAUGGUGACGAGUUUAUUCGCAACCUGUGGGAUGUUCACCUCAAGGUCAAGGCUGAGGGAUAUACCCAGGCAAGUCUCAUCCUCGGCCACUUCUACUUCUUUCUAACAUAUCAAAGCCUUUCUUCUGAUAUCACCAGGUACCUCGCCACAACAGAAUACCCCCUUCUGGACAAUGCCAUUCCUCAAGGCUCGCUGGAUCUGCCCGACAACACCAGCACCCGUGGCUUGGCGGCUGGCAUCGAGGCAGCCUACAACGCCUACCCCAAGUCUGAGCUCGGCCAUCAAACGUGUGUCAUCUUCCUCGUGCAAGAUGGAGAGAGAAACAUCUUUGAUCAGCGUCAUUUGGAGUAUCAGGUUAUCAGCUCAUCGCCAUCCACCCCUAUCUUCAGGCUGCCAUACUCCCAAAUCCUAAAGCACACUGAAAUCGCAAAAACCCCGAAGCGGCAGCUGCUGUAUCGUCUUCCUCGAAACCCCUCCAAGGUUUAUGAAGUGGCUGUUAUCUACAUGAGGUCCGGAUAUGGGCCUUCUGACUACCCAGACCAGCAAGCUUGGGAAGCUCGGUACCAUCUGGAGCGAUCCAACGCCAUCAAGUGCCCUACAGUUUUGACUCAGUUGGCUGGAACCAAAAAGGUGCAGCAGAUCCUUGCUACACCUCGUCCUGCGUCUGCGCCAUCUGCGCUUAGUCGGUUUAUCCGCGACGACACAGACGCUGCUGCUGAGUUGUGGCGAACAUUUACCAAUAUCUACCCCAUGGACACAAGUGACGCAGGUCUUGAGGCUCGCAAGAAGGCACUUGAUCCAGAAGCCUGCCAAGCCUAUGUUCUUAAGCCACAGCGUGAGGGAGGCGGCAACAACAUCUACCGAGGUUCCAUUCCGGGUUUCCUCAAGUCGAUUCCCGAGUCCCACUGGAACUCGUACAUUCUGAUGGAGCUGAUCACACCUCCUCCCGUCUCCAACAUCAUCCUUCGUAAUGGCAGCCUGGAGCAAGGUGGCGUCAUCUGCGAGUUGGGCAUUUACGGCACUUGUGUCUGGGAUCAGAGCUCUGGGAAGAUUCAGCACAAUGAGGAGGCUGGGUACUUGCUGCGGACAAAGGGUGACAAGAGUGAGGAGGGUGGCGUCGCGGCUGGCUUUGGGUGCAUGGACAGCUGCACGUUGGUGUAAGCUAGUGUCACCUACGUUGGUGAUUGCCGUUGAGAAUAGAUGGUGUAGAGCAAACCAUAACUUGGUUGGUUGCAGUUGUCUUCC